GGGUUGGGUGGGUCGUGAACGAAUGGCAGGCGGAGAAUAUUUGCACCCAUAGGACUUUAAUUAUCGUUUCUCCUUUCUUAUAAUGAUUUGGAUACGAUGAAUCUCAUUCUAAAUGAUGAUUUAGCCUCUACUUUGAGAAAUAAAAGUAGCUACUUUGUGUCAGAUGUAUAACGGGUACUCUUAAAAUUAACACCCGUAUUCUAUAAAAAAUAUGACUUUUAGAAAAACUUGUCGCUGUAUUUUGAAAUUUGUCUUUCUCUCCUCAUUUUUAAUAAGAUCAUGAAAUAAAAUAUGCGUUUUAUUUAUGUGCUUGACUGGAAUUAAAGUUUCAGGUUAACGUGUAGACUACUUUGAAUUAAGAGCGCCAUGAUCUGUGAUCCUCAAUUAUAACAGUCAUGGGUGGAAAAUGUGAAAUGGAAACCUUCUACUGAUAAAAACACACCCUUUGUAACCUCCUCCGAAAACUACGCGCAAUAAUACAUGCGCCAUAUUGUUUCGUGACGCUGCCCCCACCCUACUACCCCUGUGACGAAGGCCUUGGAAUUUUGACGUGGCUCCUACGUACUUCUGCGUUUGCCCACUCCGAUUGCAGCAAAGUUUGUGACGAGGAAUACGUAACUGGCGGCGAUACAUCAAGGCUAUGGAUGGAAUGGUGGACGAAAACGGAACCGGUGCAACUGAUCCCUUGGCUCAUUCGCCGGGGGACACGUCGUCACAAGUUGUUGUCACAUCGGUUCAGUCUGUUAUCCAGCCUAACCAGCAAUCUGUCAUUCAGACACCAUCAAGUAUACACCCAGUCCAGCUUCAGAAGGGCAAUGUCAUUCUUGUAAGCAAGCCAAAUUCUGUGAUACAGACAACCCAAGGAAGUCUUCAGACAUUGCAGGUUGUGGAAACAGCCAGUGAUGACAGUUUAUCAAAUGACGAUGAAGCCAGCAAAAAAAGGAGAGAUAUAUUGACCAGGAGACCUUCCUACAGGAAAAUACUGAAUGAUCUUGGUGGUGGUGAAAUUGCAGUGGGUAGAGUCGAAUCCUCGUCAGAGUGUGACACAAAUGAGGACAGCGAGGUGUCGUCCCACUCAAUUCCUUCUCACUACCAGACUCAUGCAGUGAUACCCGGCACAAUUCAGAUUGGCAGCCAAGGGGAAACGGUACAAGGCUUGCACACCCUCACCAUGACUAAUGCUUCAACGGGUGGCGCUAUUGUACAGUAUGCCACACAGGGACAAGAUGGACAGUUUUUUGUUCCAGUUGUAACACAGGGAGGUGGACUUGGCAGUGGCCCAAUAAUUGCCGAGGACCAGGCACGCAAGAGAGAGAUGAGGCUGUUGAAAAACAGGGAAGCUGCCAGAGAAUGCAGGAGGAAAAAGAAGGAAUACAUCAAAUGCCUGGAGAACAGAGUAGCUGUGCUAGAAAAUCAAAACAAGGCCCUUAUAGAUGAACUAAAACAGUUAAAAGAUCUUUAUUGCCAACAAAAAACUGAGUGAGCUUGCUUUAGCAGCUGAUAUUACAUCCCAUCAUACCAUGCUGAUUUUUCUCAGCCAUAAGGUGAUCAGUUCAUUGAUCUUUAUUUCUAUUGGAAAAUGAAGACAUAGCUGUGAUUAGCCUUUCCCACAAGGUUGUAUGUUUGGAAACAAGACAGACUAAUGUACAAAACAUAUAUUUUUACAAAGAAGUUGCUAUUAAGUAACGUCGGUUUUAACUACAGUGCGUACAAACAACACUGUGUUGACAGGAAGGAAAAAUGUUGAUGUGUUGUACUGUAACUGUUGGGGUAAAAAAUCUCCUUUGAACAUACUAAUAUCUAAUGCUGGAAAUGUGAUUGGUGAUAAGCGAGUUCUUGGAAGUGAACUGCAAAAGAUGACUUGCUUAGUGCAUUUAAAAGGCUUGUGAUGUGAAUAUAUGAAGUGUAAUCAACACCAAAGUAUCCUGGCUUACUGGAGAGAGACAAUUAAUGUAAAAAAAAUCUGUCCUUGUAUAGAUUAUAUAUAUAUAAAUAUGAUAUAUAUACCAGAAAAUAUAACUAUAUUUUGUUUGUACAAAUAAUGAAAAAGCAUUGCAUUAUAUGUAAAUGUUGUUCUUGUACUACAUCAGCAUUGCAGUGGUACAUACUCAGGGGCUGGUUCGUGUACUUCAUGUGCCAUACAAUUCAUAGUUUUCUUUUUAUGCCUUACCAUUUACUAAUCUAGUGUUCAAGGACGUACUAAUUUGGAAACAAAUCAGAUGCAUCUUUUGUAGUCAGUGUUUUAGAAAAAGUGGCAAUGCUUUUUCUGUUUGUUUUGUGAUAUUUGUUGACGAUUUUAAAUGUAAAAUAUUUUAAUGGUAUGCAGGGUAAUAGAAAGUUAAUGAAUUUUAAAUCGUUUUCCAGAUGUUUACUUCUGUUCAUUCACAGGGGUUUUUCUGACUCAGGUGCAGAAUUCUGAAGUGACUAGAAGCUACAACUUUUUAACUUCUUAACUCUUCUCCUAUUGUUUUUCAAAUAAGGAGUGCAUGUGGAUGCUAAGCAGACUGUUUGCAUGCAGGAAAACUUGUUAUCUUCAGUUAUUCAUUUCAUUAACUGAAAUAGAGCUGGGGAGAAGUAGCAUCAAUUUUGAGUCCUAUCUUUGAGGUUUUUAUCAUUGUACGAUCCCCCCCCCCCCCCUUUCCAAAAAAAAGUGAAUCAUAAAGCUAUUAGGAAAUUCUCAAAUCUUUUCAAAUUUUUAAUAAAUACUCAGUAUUUAACUAGAACUACUUUGGAAAAAUAAGUCUUGUGCAUAUUAUACUUAGCAAGUUUUGAUUUGUUUCAUUACUUCUUUUUAGUGCUCUAGAUGGAUAUGGCAUAAUGAACACUAAAGCGUAAAAAAUCACUGUCCUACAGAUUUCUGGUUAUUGGGACCAUUGUAGUCAUUCAGAAAUGUUAUACUUAAAUAUUAGUGUUGUCUAAACAGUACAUGAUUUGCUAGCUGAGUCUGGAAGAUAUUUGAGUUGCUGUAAAUCAUGCUCUGUUUUAAAACACACCCAGUCAUUCAGGAAGAGAUCUUAUGUGAAAAAUCUUCAGAAGAGGAAAAUAAAAUUGUUGUUGGUUCUUUUCUUUAGUACUUACUUUUCUUUAUUAUAAUUAAUUUUGGAGCUUUAAUUUUAAUAUAUCAUUGCUGUCUUAAAUACACACAAAAAAUUCCAAAGGUAAGUUCAUAAGUAUUGCUGUGACUCAUAGGUUCAUGUUCUUUUGCUGGAUACAAACAGUAAUAAAGAGGUAAAAUUUAUUGCACUCUUAUUACAGUGGACCUUUAUGGCUAUUUUAUCAGAGUGGGUAUGGAUAGUGCAAUAAUAGUCCAACUGAGUAAAGUUUAAGAACUAGAAAGUGGGUAUUUUCUCUAGAGCAUGCAUUAAGACAACAGCUUGCUCCAACCUUAUUUUAUAAGACCUCUGCACCUUGCACACUGAAUGCUUUAAUAACUGUUCUCAUUAGCACAUAGCUAUUAUUCCACAAUUUCUGUAAAGAUGCAUAAACUGUUUCUCUUAAGAUUGACUGGUGUGAUCAGGAAAUAAAGUGUUUCUUUGUCAUAAUAUUAGCUGCUGUAUUCAGCUGCUAAAGCAGAUUGUGCCUCUGAAGUAAGAGUACUGUUGGUGCAUAUUUUGUGAGCAAUUAUCUGUGUGAAACCAACCUCAGUUAAGGAAAUCAUAUUGAAUAUGAAUGUUUUCCUAUGCAUUGGUGUAAUACUGUGCACUGGAAACUGAGAGGCAAGAAUGGUCAGAAAAACUUUCCUCUUUUUUCUUACUUCUAAUAAUAAUUAUUCAUUGGAGUUAGACUUUCAAAUUAUUAAUGUGACAAUGCAUGGAAAUGUUUGUUCAGCUUCCCAUUUUUCUAAUGAUGUAUAAAUGUGAAGAAACACUAUUACCUGGUUAUAUUUGUUAUUGUGUACAUUUAUGUCAAGAGUUUUGUUAAAAAGGAAUGUUAACACAGAGUAAACCAGAAAUGUUGCAGUGUCUUAUGAGCAGUAACUAAGAAUUUUCUGUGACUAUUCAUUCUGUUUAAAACUAAACUAUUGAUGAUGCUAUGAGUCAUAGGAGAAAAUUCACCUCUAUAAUUGAAGAGAAAAUUGUAUUGUUUAUUGACAAGUGCUCUGGAAAAGAAGAAAAAUUGUCGAGGAAAAUGAGUGUGGUUUAUAUUGCAAAUCAUUAUCCAAGAAUAAUGUGUGUACACUGGCCAUUUCUUGUGCUCUUUGAACACAGAUAACUUCAUGGUUUUAAAUGUGCCAAAUCUGAAUCACAAUGACCUGUGCUAUGUACUGCUUAUGAACUACAAGAAGAGAUCCUUACAUUUGAUGUUCUUGUAACUUGUGUGUGUGUGUGUGUGUGUGUGUGUGUGUGUGUGUGUGUGUGUGUGUGUGUGUGUGUGUGUGUUUUAAAGUAGGGGUGGGCUUCUGUAUGUGAGAGUAUUGUAUGGAGAUGCUGUUAAAGCUUUUUGAAUGUUGUGGAUUUGGAAAUAUAAACUAGUUUUAACGGAGUUAUUUUUGUAUAGAUUACUGUAACAAAUCUCUAUUAACAUCUGCAUUGCAAGCCACAGUUACAUGGUACUACAGGUUUCAUAUUACAUAUUGAUUGCAAGAACAUUGUCAAAAAAAAGGCAAGUCUGCCUUCCAAGCCUUCACAACAAAAUAAAUUUGUUGCACUUUGAUACUUACUGUCCCUAUUUUUAACUAUGUAUUUGCACAACUAUUUCACAUCCCAAUGUUAGUUAUAUUUAAUGGAUAAUAUUUUGGUGUGUGUGUGUGUGUGUGUGUGUGUGUGUGUGUGUGUGUGUGUGUGUGUGUGCGUGCACGCGCGCACUUCCUGAAUGUACAUUUGUAAUUGUGUAGGUACUGUGAGUUUAUGGUACAGAUGUUAAUAGUGUACUUGUUGUCAGGUGUUGAUCUAAGCAUAUAUAUUAUGAGAGAGAGAAAGAGAGAGAGAGACAAAUUAUUAUUGUAAAUAUGUGUAUUUUUACAAAUUGAAAAAAAUUAAAGGUGGUUUUUUUCUUGUAUAAAAAUAGGCUCAAGGUUCUCCUUGUCCUAGUUGUUGCCUUCUUUUGUAAACUUUUCUUGCCACCUAAGUUUUAUAAAUAGCACAUUUUGUAAAUAUGUCUGAAUAAUAGAUGGUCAAGUAAACAUAUAAUGAAUCAACAAAA